AUGAAAUAUCUUGGUUUUAUCGUUCUUAUUUGCAUCGCUCAUAUUCUGGUGGUUCACGGAUCACCUUUGCUUAAAAUUCGAUGCACUCCUGGUGGAGGUAAAGGAGAUUGCGAUCUUGGUCAACAAUGUGAAACUGAAGGUGAUUGCACAAGUGAUAAUUUUUGUAUUGAUGGAGAGUGUAGAUAUAACCCUCCUCCUUAUUGCU